UCGGGCCGUGGGUGUUGGCGUGGACGCGGCUGGUGUGGCGUGGCGUGGUUUGGACGAAAGACGGGCCCCGGUUCGUCCGGCAGGAGAGGAGAGCGGCUGAGCGAGUGGACGGCGCCAGCAACAGGCGGCCGAUGGACGAUGCGUGCUCAGUGGCCGGCUGGCAGUUUGCGGAUUGCAGAUGGACGCUCGGCGCGAGAGAUUGAGUGAGCGAUUCCGGCCUCUCCGUCACCUAGCAAUGCAGCAAAGGGCAGGCGAGCACGAGCGAGAGUGGCUGUGGAGCACUGUGGCUUGUGCCAAGUUUUGCUGGCGACUCCGUCUUUCCAGCUCUGGCUCCAAGAUUAGAUCAACCACGUCAGCGAGUACGCCGUACAGCAGGAUUGGAUGGUCCGGCGCCAUUCCAACUCGAGCUGCUAAUCACUGGGGCCUUCUCCGUCUGCACGUCGUACUGUACGUCCUGUACCGUCCCCGCAGGACCACGCACAGCACACGCGCAGGGCAACCUUUCGGGGCAAUCCGCAUGGCAAUUCGCAGGGGGAUGGAUUCUCAGGAGGCCCCCUCCACCACUGCUACGACCUCCCCAGGUGGGGGGUCCCUGGGGCUCACUGAGAGGGGCCGCCGAAAUGGUGCAGCCACUGCAGUAUGUUGCGCCUGUAACGGGGCCCGGCAGCCUGCCGUUUGCACUGCACCACUGCCCCCAACGGCACCAAGCGGCCAGCCUCCCCUGCGGUAGGUCCUGGAAGCGCAGGGGGGCUCCUCUGGCGAGCAUGGGAGGCUUCAGGGCCCCCCGGCCGCCUGGCGCUGCCCAGACUUGUGCUGCACCAACUUUUGGCGACUGCUGUAAUCAGAUCAGCGACGGUUGGCCAGGGGCGUCGCUCAGAGGAGGGGGCUAAGAGCCUCCGGACGGCUACACAACGGCGGGGUGCGUUUCUCGCUACCGCAGCUGCCUCUUACAGCCAAAUUGGGGACGGCGGCGAGAUUGCCACCGCAGAUACACUCCAUUUCAAUGCUCGGAUCAUCUUCAACAGAUUGACAUGGAACCUUAUCCC